AUGAACCAUAUCUCCAACCCACGCUCGAAUACGCAUCCGCGCAACAACAAAAAUAACCAACCCGCAACAAUGACCUCCAUCCGUCGCAUGAGCCCAACGGACCUCUUCUCCCUAAACCUCACAAACCUCGACCCCCUCACCGAAAACUAUGACCUCGGUUUCUACCUCAAUUACCUAAUGCGGUGGCCGUCGCUCUUCAGCGUCGUCCAAGACCGCGGGGAAGGCAUUGCCGGAUACAUCAUGGGAAAACUAGAAGAGCAACACCCUUCAAUGCGCCACUCCGAGCACUACACCCCUUGGCACGGGCACAUCACCGUCCUCACUGUUGCGCCUGCCUGGCGGAGGCUCGGUUUCGCGCGAAGGCUCACGGAGAGACUUGAGCGGGGGUCGGAUAUUAAUGAUGCUUGGUUUGUGGAUUUGUACGUGAGGGCUGGGAAUAAGGUCGCGGUGGAUAUGUAUAAGGGAAUGGGAUACUCUGUGUUCCGUCGCGUGGUUAAUUAUUACAGUGACGAUCCUAGCGGGAUGUCUGAGACGGGCGAGGAUGCGUAUGAUAUGCGGAAACCAUGCAGUCGCGAUAAGAACCUCGAGCAUGUUCGAGAGAAUGGGGAGGAUUUCCCGGUUGGGCCGGAGGAUGUCCUCUAG